AUGUGGAAUCAAAAUUAUGGCUUUCCUCCUUAUAAUGCUGCUGAUUACCAAUUUCAAAAUCAACCUCAAUAUCAAGGGUUAAACCAACCUCCUCCUCAGCAGCAAUUUAUGAAUGAAGAGCCACUAGAUUGGAAUUUAAUUAAAUCUAUUGAUCCCAUUUCAUUAGCAAGGAACGGAAAUAUCACGGAAUUACAUCCAUUUAUAUCACAAUACAUCGAAGCAGAUUUUGAAAAAUGCAAUUCUCGAUUAAUUAAUCAUCCUUUAUUAAUUCGUUUAUGUUUAAUACUUCAAUAUGCACUUCAUUACAUGUCAGACGUGCAAAAACAAAUGCAGAAGAAGAUUGAAAGCCAAAAGAAAGAAACUAAAUCACUUAAUGAAAAACUCAAAAAAUUAUUCCAAAGUUAUAAAAAGUUAGAAGAACAAUCUAAAAAGAAAUCAACAAAUUUCGAAAGAUGUCCUAUUUGCAGGAAGAAAUACAAAAAUAUUGGAUAUUUAGAUAAACAUAUCCACAAAGAUCAUCAACCAUACGAAAAUGCAUGGCUCCAAAUACGAAAUAUGUCAAUUCCUAAUCAACAAAUUCCAGUUCAACAACCAAAUCAAAAUAAUGAAAUUAUGAAACUCGUAGAACUAUACAAAGAGCUUAAAAAUCAACUGGAUGCUGAAAGGAUGGCACGCGAGAAUGCCCAAGAUAGAGAAAUGAAGCAAAAAUCGAAUAACCGAGUCGAAGAAUUAGAAGCACAGUUAAAUCACACUCAGACACUAAUUUCCGAGGCUGAAAGCAAACAAAGUAACCUUGAGAAAACAAUUCAUGACGAAAUAAACGAGUCAUUAUCAAUUGCUUGCGAUGGACUUGAACAAUCAUGGGCAGAAUGGGAAAGAACAUACGGAUCAGUCCAAGAAAUCAGAAAUCCACCAAUGCGCCAACAAUCUCCCGUAAAAGUUACACUCGAACAAGAAUUUGAAUCUAUCAACGACAAAAACAAACCAACAGCAAUGUGGGCCACACAAUCAUCAUUACUAGGAAAUGAUUUAGAAGUUUCACAGCAAUCAGAGCAUUCUUUGAUGGAAACUGAUCGAAAAGAAUUUGGAUCUUCACAACAAGUUAGUCGACAGUCAGUAAAGAGUGUUCCUCCAACAAACAUCCAAUCUAUGUUCUGCAAAUCACCAAAACAAGAUGCUGAAAUCAUAAAUCGUGCAAAAGAAAUUUUAUCCAAGCGUAAAAAGCCCUCAGAGAUUACAGAAGACCAGAUAUCCAAUGUCUCAUCAUUUAUUUCUGAUCAAGUACGAUCAACAAUUGAGAGUAUGAGCAAUCAACAAAAUCCAGAGUUAAUUAAAAUUGUUGAUCGCGAUUUGAACAUCAAAGAAUACGAUAUUGUCCAUAAGCAAUUGAAGGAAGAGCUCGAUAAUGAGAUACCUCUUCCAAAUCAGUCUGCUUCAAUGAUAUCUGAUGCUCCAUUCAUGGAAAACAGGGAAAAGCCCGUUUACAAUCCAUCUCUUCUUGAUACAUUGAAUGAGAAUUCCCAUAUUGAAGGUUCUCUGAUACACAACGCUGAUUUAAGUGAUGAUGACGACGAAGAUUUUGUUAUUGAUAAGUCAAUCAAGCAGCCAGAGAGACUUCCUCAAAUAGAAUCGACUGUUUCUGAAUUUGAUGAGUCAGAACACUUCGAACCACCAAAGAAACAAGAACCAAUCAAAGAAUCUAAAAUUUCAAAUUCAGAAUCUAAUCAUUCAGAAGAGAUAUAUGAGGAAGAAGAUUAUGAAGAGGAAGAGGAGUACUACUACUCUGAAGAAGAACCACAAAACCAAAGAAAAUUCGAAAUCCAAAAACAAGAAGAAAUUCAACAACCAGAACCCGUAAAUAAAAUACAAUCCUUUUUCAAGGGAACUCUGAAGCCAUCAAAUUCAUCAUUCGAGCGUCCUAAAUCCCCACAAAAGAAAAUUGAAAAUCGAACUCCUCAAAAUUCACAAAAUUCUUCACAGAUAAGUGAAUCAUCCCGCUUAAAAUCAGAAAAACCAUCUCCUGAGAAGAAAGUAAAUCCAAAUUACCCACCAAAUCUGUUUUCAAUAUCUGGAUACGAAAAUGCACAACAAAGUCCGGAGAAACAGCAAGAUCCAGGGAAUAUACAAAAAUCUCCGCCUCAUCUCAAGUCAAUAAACCCAUUCCAACAUGAAGUUUAUGAAGAUGUCAACAGAUCUGUCUCAAAAGUACCAGAAGAAGUGAAUUACUUUGUUGCACAAGAGUCAUUAUCAGAAGAGGACUUUGAGGAAGAGGAAGAAGUACUAGGAAACACAAUGAAGAAGCAAUUGAUGCUCGGAGAAUUUAGAGAGAAAUCAGAUAAGAAGAGAAACGAAAUAAACUUCGAUGAAGACACAGAUGAAAAUGAGGAAGGAGAACUUAAGUUCGAGGACCCACCGCUCAUGACAAAAGAUCACCCUUCAGAUGACUUUUUCAGCGUUGAUGAAUGGAAUUAA